AAGCGGCGGGAGCGGCGGUUAAAUGAAGCGGGGCCGGAGAGGUGGCGGGGCCGCUGAGUGCCGGUGUGACCCCUCCGUCCCGCGGAGCCGUGUGGGAGCACUCGGUGCUGUUGGGACGUCUCGACAUUUCAGGUAUCUGCUGUGGGAGCUGCUGCAGGAAAGAAACCCCAAACACAGCUGUCCUCGGAGCUGAGGGAUCAGUGAGUUUGUGCCUGGAACACCAAGACUUGGGAAGGGACUCAGACAGAUUUCCUGAAGCUCUGUAGACAUUCAGCCUGCUUGGAGGUGCUGCACUGUGGUGACAGUUCCUCAUGUGAGCCUGACUGCCAUGCUGGGGCAUUGACACUCUGGGGUGCAGCUGUUUAAAAUGGCAGAGAGAGGUGGGAAUGAAGAAGUGAUUAACCUGAACAGCUUCAGCAAUCACAGAGGGAAAGACUGGAUAAACCACAGAGAUGAAAAUCUUAUCACAAUAUCAGAUUCCUCAGAUGAAGAUUUGCCUUUGUUGCUGGAGAUGCCAGAAAAGCAGCAGACUGAGGAAGAUGAUGAUGAUGACAUAGUCAUCUUAGCAGAGACCCCGAAGCAUCAGCAGCCUCUGCGUCCCAAUGUCAUCAGACCUGCUGCUCCAUGGCAGGGUGCAGACACUGUGGGGGAAGGAGGAUCCAAAAGUGCUGUGGAGCCAUUGAGCACAGACCUGCAGCAUUCAGCUCUGCCCUGUGAGGGAGAUGGGAACAACCUCGUGGUGGAGAGCAAUGCUGGACCAAGCAGGGGGGAGAGUGUGGAUGUUGCCUUGCAGCAGCCAGGACCAUCUGAGCUGAAUGGCCCCAGAUCUGAACUUACAGGUAGCCAGGAGCCUGGCCCAAGUUUGCUGCCACUGAUCAAGGUGCAUCCACAGCCUGCUGAUAACACACAAAUCAUUAGUCUGGAGAAUGCAGACCUUCCACCUCAACAGGAGGAAAGGAUGGAAGCUCGGGAGCAGCAAGGAAAGAACUUGGAGCCAGAGCAGAAACUUGAAGGAAUAGCUGCUAAAACUACCCCGGAGCAGGGGGGGAUGCAGGAGCAGGGCCAGCUGGAGCCCCGGCGCUUCCCCCCGCAGGAAGAGGAGCCCCGGGCCGUGGCGAACGGCCGCGCUCCUCAGCGAGGGCAGCCAGAGGCAAACCCGGCAUCCCUGCAGGCGUACGGGGGGAAGGCUCCAGGGCCCGCCUUCCCCCGGCCCGAGCCGCCCCAGGACGGCAUUCCCGGCCCUGCCUCCCCGCAGCCGGCACAUCCCCCCGAGGAAUCGGCUCAGCCGGCGGGGACAGACAACAACGAGCGGCCCGGGCCCGCCUUCCCCGCCCGGGGCUCGCAGGAACUCGGCUCGGGGGACGUGCCAGAGCAGGGAGCUGCUGGGCAGGAGCAGGACCUGACUGCGCUGCUCAUCAGAGAGACAGAAGCAAGAUUCCCAGAUGUGAAGAAGGAAUAUAUUGAAGAAUUAAUUCUCAUCAAGAACUGUUAUGACUUAAAUGUGCUUUGUAACUUUCUUCUGGAAAACCCAGAUUACCCAAAGAAGGAAGGCAGAGUGGUUUUAAACCCCAGCAGCAGCCUGCUUGCCAGCCAAGAUGAGACAAAGGUGCCUAAAGUGGACUACUUUGACUUUUCCAAACUCGCCCCCCUUGACCAGCGGUGCUUUAUCCAGGCAGCUGAUCUCCUCAUGGCAGACUUCAAAAUGCUGAGCAGCCAGGACAUCAAGUGGGCCCUGCAUGAGCUCAAGGGGCACUAUGCAAUCACACGAAAGGCCUUUUCAGAUGCUAUCAAAAAGUGGCAGGAGCUGUCUCCCGAAACCAGCGGGAAACGAAAAAGGAGGAAAGAAAUGAAUCAAUAUUCCUAUAUAGACUUCAAAUUUGAGCAAGGGGAUGUGAAGAUUGAGAAGCGCAUGUUCUUCCUGGAGAACAAGAGAAGGCACUGGAGGAGCUAUGACAGGCUGUCCCUUCUCCCCCCAGUGCUGCUGGAGCAGGAGUUCUAUGAGCAGAAAGUCAAAGAGAUGGCAGAGCACGCAGACUUCCUCCUGGCUCUGCAGAUGAACGAGGAGCAGUAUCAGAAGGACGGGCAGAUGAUCGAGUGCCGCUGCUGCUACGGGGAGUUUGCCUUCGAGGAGCUGACUCAGUGUGCAGAUGGUCACUUGUUCUGCAAGGAGUGCCUAAUUAAAUAUGCUCAGGAGGCAGUUUUUGGCUCUGGGAAGUCAGAGCUGAGCUGCAUGGAAGGCAGCUGCACGUGUUCCUUCCCCACCAGUGAGCUGGAGAAGGUGCUCCCAGAGAACAUCCUCUGCAAAUACUACGAGCGCAAGGCCGAGGAGGAGGUGGCUGCUGCCUGUGCAGAUGAGCUCGUCAGGUGUCCCUUCUGUAACUUCCCAGCUCUACUGGACAGCGAUGUGAAGCGGUUCAGCUGCCCCAAUCCCCGCUGCAGAAAGGAGACGUGUCGGAAGUGCCAGGGGCUGUGGAAGGAGCACAUGAAUCUCACCUGUGAGCAGCUGGCUGAGAAGGAUGACAUCAAAUACAGGACAUCCAUAGAGGAGAAGAUGACAGCUGCCCGGAUUAGGAAGUGCCACAAGUGUGGGACAGGCCUGAUCAAGUCGGAGGGCUGUAACCGCAUGUCGUGCCGCUGCGGCGCCCAGAUGUGCUACCUCUGCCGGGCUGCCAUCAACGGCUACGACCACUUCUGCCAGCACCCCCGCUCCCCUGGGGCACCCUGCCAGGACUGUGCCAAGUGCUCCCUCUGGACAGACCCCACAGAAGAUGAUGAGAAGAUAAUUCAUGAGAUUCAGAAGGAGGCCGAAGAGGAGCAAAGGAAGAAGAAUGGGGAGAACAGCUUCAAGCGCAUCGGCCCUCCGGUGGAGAAGCCCGUGGAGAAGAUCCAGAGGAUGGAGGCCAUCCCCAGGCCGGUGCCCCAGAACUUCCACCAGCCCCGGAUGCCCCCGUACCCCUUCGUGCACCCCCCGUUCCCCCUGCCCCCCGUGCGGCCCCUGUACAACAACAUCCCCCUCAACAUCGGCCCCAUCCCCGCCCCCUACGUGCCCCCCCUGCCCAACAUGAGGGUGAACUUUGAUUUCCCCCAGAUCAACGUGCAGCUGGAGCACAACCUGCCUAUGCACUUUGGGCCUCAGCCCCGGCACCGCUUCUGACCUGCCCCACAGCACAGGGCAAAGCCACCCCUUCAUGUCACCCCCUCCCCACUCCAGCCCCUCUGGGGUCUAGCAGCAGCCAGGGGACUCAGUGUCCCUGUGCUGCCCCCUCUCUAGGGCUUCUCCAAACCUUUGCAAUCCAACAUUUCAACCUGUGCUGCGACAGGGUUUGGUGCUACAUUUCCCAGGGGUGGAGUUCCCCCCCAGAUGUUUUGUUUUGACAAAGCCUGUUCAGGCAGCUGUUGGGAGGAAAAGUGAGGCUUUGUAGGACACAGGAAUACAGCUGUUCCUUGGGGAAUUUCCAGAAAUCCUGCCUUUCUGCUGGCCAGAGCAGCAAAGUGAGCCUUGGAGGAAGGGAGGAGACGCUUGGCAUCUGAGUGAGCAUAAAACCUUCAGGAGUGAGGUAACAGGAGGCAGCUGCCCCAGCCUGCUGCCUGUGCUGAGGCUCAGGGCUGGGGUUCCUGUGUUCUCCAGCAUCCCUGUAUCCUGCUGGCACCUCCCAGCAGAAAUAAAUUGUUCAAAAGCAAGUCAAUGUAGCAUUUUUAGUGUGCCUCGCUCUCCAAGCAGAGCCAGGGGCUGCAGCAGCUGUCCCACUGCUCAGGGCUUGGUAGGGAGCCCACAGCCAUGUUCUGUUUGGGGGUGUUAGGAAGUGGCAGGAGAUUUGGGCACCAAAUCUUUGGCUGGACUAAACUUGCCCCCUUUGAAGGGCUCAGUUUUCCCCCCUAAAGGUGUGUGCCCCUCAAACGUGGCCUUUGCUUUGCUGUUCUCGUCUGGCAUC